AUGUUUCCGUCGCUUAAAAAUAGAAAAUAUUACAUAAACAAAACAUGAAACUGCUAAGUUUAUGUUAUUUCGCAAAAAUAAGUGCCAUAACAGGGGUGGACUGACAACUCAUGGGGUCCCCGGGCAAUAGGGGAUCAUGGGGCCCCUGUGUCCUCGCCCACACUCAAACCACACCCAAAACAGCCUAUGAAAGGUACCAGAGGCAUCUCAUGGGGCCCCCUACUGACCCGGGCCCUCGGGCAGUGCCUGAGUUCCCAAAU